AUGUUCCAAAAACGACCCCGCAAUCGAUGGAUUGCGCCAACCCGGCCGAGCACAAAGAUGCUUUCAAAAUACCUCAUCACAGGAUUGACAUUCAUUUUCAUCUACUACCUUUGGCCUUCGAGCGUACCAUACGAAAUGGACCGAACGGCGUUAUCGAAACCGUCAAUAGGCAUUUCUCUCACGGCUUCAUAUGGGACUAUAUCCCUUCGCCACCCCGACGGUUCGUUCGAGGACAUUUCUCGCGUCGAAGGUGAUUCCAACUAUAUCGCAAUGAUAAAGCGACUCUCGUCACGUGCUGCAUGCCAUCCUAGUCCCCCCUACUCUUCAAUGGAAGAUAUGUGGAACGACACACCCCGACAAGCAUGGCGAUCUUUCCGCAAAAAGAUAGGUCUACCAGCAUCUCCAGACGUCCAAAUCAUGAGCGAGCUCGUCAAAAAGCUCCUUUCUUCGAGCAAAGUCGCCACCCUUCCAUACGUGGUAAUAAGCUACCCAGGAAUUGCGGCAAUUUAUAAAGAAGAUAUCAACGACAUGGCGGAUUACCUAGGUCUUCCAAAACUCACGGGCCUUUACAAAUACCAGCCGUGGGAAGCUUUCGCUGCUUAUGCGGGACACGGGCUAGGAUUAUGUGAGCACUUUGAGGACAAGGACCAAUGCACGGAUGAGGGAAACCAACUACCGGUGCACGAAACACUCCUGGUUGAAUAUACCGAUCAAGCUAUGCUACUGCAUACAACACCUUUACGGACGGCAGUGGAUGUGGAUACGGGCUUCGCUGACCCUCAUGCAAUAGCUUCUUUUGAAUUGGGUGCCAAUUCACGGAGCGAUAAACAUGCGUCGCAUGUGGCAGAAUUCGUUUAUCAGUUCUUAAGUCCUUGGUACACAGGUCUACUCCUUCCUGAUGAGCUCUUGGUUAUCAUGACUGGGAUCAUGGAUGAGGCUAUAGAAGAAGCUAUUCGAGAGGCAGUGGGGAGAGUAGUACCAAAGACUCAAAUACUUGCGUCCAAUUCUGAGUUUAUUGCAUCUAGGGGAUCUGCGGAACUUGCCUGGAGAGUCAAUAUUAUGGAAUUUUCUUGA